AUGGGAGAUAGACGAGUUGCUUAUUUUUAUGACGGUAAUUACUAAUUAGAAAAUAUAGGCAAUUUUUACUAUGGGCAAGGCCAUCCAAUGAAGCCGCACCGUGUCCGUAUGACUCACCAACUAAUCCUGGGGUACAAACUAUACCGCCAAAUGGAUGUUUAUGUAAUCCUCAUUUAGCGUCCUCACUAUGCAACCCCUGAAGAAAUGAUGCAAUUUCACAGUCCAGAGCACAUAAAGUUCCUUCAGAGGGCCGAACUUUCGGGUGAAAAGCUUUUUAUGCACCACGAGCGCGCCAGAGAAGACUGUCCAGUCUUUGAAAACAUGUUCGAGUUCUCUCAGAUCUGCGCUGGGGCUUCAAUUGAUUGUGCAAUGGCUCUGAACCAAGGCGAGGCCGACAUCUGCAUUAACUGGUCUGGCGGCUUCCACCACGCGAAAAAAGGGGAAGCUUCAGGGUUUUGCUACAUCAAUGAUAUAGUCCUUGCUAUCCUAGAAUUACUCAAGUACCAUGAAAGGGUUCUUUAUAUAGACAUCGAUGCACACCAUGGGGACGGCGUCGAAGAGGCCUUUUACACCACCAAUAGAGUCAUGACGGUCUCCUUCCACAAGUUUGGGAACUUUUUCCCGGGUACCGGCGACAUUAAAGACUGUGGAGCAAGCGAGGGGAAGUAUCACUGUUUAAAUAUCCCAUUAAAGUCUGGGAUGACUGACGAGUGUUAUGAGAGGAUUUUCCAGCCAAUCAUGAGAGAGGUCGUCUAUUUUUACCAGCCAAAUGUAAUUGUCAUGCAAUGUGGGUCAGACUCACUUGCUCAUGAUAAGCUGGGGAAAUUUAACUUGACGUUAAGAGGCCAUGGAAACUGUGUAAAGUUCAUGAAAGGGUUUGGGCUUCCUAUGAUGGUCGUGGGAGGUGGAGGAUACACAGUGGCCAACGUGGCAAGGUGUUGGACUUAUGAAACUUCUGUGCUGCUUGAAAAAGAAGUCCCGAACGAGCUCCCUUUUAAUGACUAUUAUCAGUAUUUCGGGCCGUCCUAUAACUUGCAUAUUGACCCUGACAAGACUUUGGAAAACAGGAACACAAGAGACUACUUGGAAACAGCCAUGAUCAGGUGCUUGGAAAAUAUCAGAAGACUUGAAGGAGCUCCUAGUGUACAAAGGCAAGAUGUCCCACCUGAUUUUUUCCCGAACGACUUUACUGACAGGAUGGAAAAACGACAUAACCCAACUGAGUUUUAUGAGUAA